UGAGAGCACGAUGCAUCCAAUAAAUGUCAAUGAGAGAGUAAUGUAGGAUUGCAAUAAAGGAAAAUUUCGACAGUUUUCAAAAAAUGUCACGCAAGUCAAAUACAUAUCUUGAACCAAAAGAAAAAUAAAUAAAUAAAGAAGAACUCUAAAAUCAAGCGAGUGGCUAUUUUGUUUUUUCUUUGUUUAAUAAUAGCGCAAUAAAAAUUAAUAAAAAUCUCAAUUUUUAUUUUUGAAACCUUUAUUAUUAUUUAAGAAUUAAGCCAAUAUAGCACUUGUGUUUAUUUCUCUUUUAAUACUGGUAAACGAUAUAUAUAAAUUCAAGAUAAGGCGGUAGCUUUUUUUUGAAGGAAACAAGGGUUUUCCGUAUAUUAAAGUCAUUGUAAGAGGAUAAAAAGCAAAAAAAAAUUUUUUAAAGAUUAUUUUUCAAUUGGCACUACGAUGAAUCAAUUAAAAAUUUUAAUCUUCCUGGGCAUUUUGCUAAUUUUUGGCCACACAAUUGAUGCAGUUGAUCCAAAUUGUUUUUUCCAAAUGGAUAUAUUGCCGGGUCGGAUGUAUUACAUAGCUAGUCCUAAUUAUCCCAAUCGUUAUGCGGGAGCAAAUUCUUGCCGAUGGAAUAUUAGAGGUGCAUCUCAACUUCGCGUAAAUUGUGAAGUAUUUGAAGUUCCCUCGAGUAAUGAUUGCGCUUUGGAUCAAGUUCUCAUGUACAUGAGUCCAGGACAGGGUCCAUUACGAUUAUGUGGUGAAGGACGAUUCAGUCGAGAUACACAAGGUCCAGAGAUGGUGGUCACUUUUCAAAGUGCCAGGAAUACGCCAGGAGGUAGAUUUGCAUGUUACAUACAAGCAAUUUCACCACAGCAAAAUUGUAGAUGCGGAUGGAAAAAGCCGAUGAGAAUAGUUGGUGGUGAAAAUGCUGGAUUGAAUGAAUUUCCAAUGAUGGCAGGAAUUGUUGACGGAAGACUAUCACAAGUUUAUUGCGGUGGAACAAUAAUUUCCGUUAGACAUGUUUUAUCAGCUGCUCACUGUGUCAUGAACAGAGACCCUUCAAAUAUGGGAGUGCUUAUUGGUGAUCAUGAUAUUUCAACUGGUCGUGAUACAAACUCAACGCUUUUCAAAGUCUUGCAAUAUGCUAUGCAUCCCUCAUUUGUAUCAACUGUACGAAACAGUCCAUAUGAUAUUAGCGUUAUAACAAUCAUAGGCUUGAUGAGAUUCACCAAUGAAAUUGGACCAGCAUGUCUUCCAUUUCAACAUAGUCGAGAUAGUUUUAGUGGAGCUGUUGUUCAUAUUUUAGGUUGGGGUACUGUUGAAUUCGGUGGAGGUACUUCAAACAUUUUACAAAAAGCAAGAGUGAGUGUUAUCAAUCUUUCGCAAUGCAGAAACACAUUCCCUAAUGUACUGGAUAAUCAAAUGUGCACAUUUGCAUCUGGCAGAGAUGCAUGCCAGUUUGACAGUGGUGGUCCAGCUUUAUGGCAAAAUCCAUCAACCGGUAGACUCGUGACUGUUGGAAUUAUUAGUUAUGGAAUUGCAUGCGGUACAGCAAAUCCUUCAGUAAAUACUCGUGUGGGUGCUUUUGUAGACUGGAUUCUGUCCGUGACGCCAGAUGCUGAUUAUUGCAGAGCUGAAUAAUAUUCAACAAAGGCUGUUCUUAAGUACCUGAUUUUAUUUACAUUCUAUACAAAUAAAGAAUUUCUAAACUAUAAUUGAUGUUUGUUAUUUGUUAUUUAUUAUUUCGUAUUUUAGUAUUUGUUUUGAAUAUUAUUUUAUAAUAGAAUAUUUAAAAAUUGUUAAUCAUUAAAUGAAUUUCAAGUAGUAAUAAUAGUCACCGAGUUUACUAAAAAGAU